UUGCUUCCAAUUCGCAAAUUUCACCAAAGGGUCCUAACCAACUCUCUAGGGUUUCUCAGUCGAACCGCAUUGUGAAACGGACGAGUAAAAUCGAGACCAUAGAGAUUAAGCCAAAUUCGGCGGUUUCCGAUGGAUCUAGAGGUGGUGGGCCGCCAUGCCCUCCUAUUCGACGACGACGCCAUGGCGGCGUUCGUCAACUCCAGCGACGCUCUAGUCGAAUGGAACUCUCUCCAAAUUGAUCGUUAUGAUGUCCGCCACCUUCUCUCCGCACCUCCACCUUCCCGCCGACGGUCUCACUCUUCUACGUCUUCGAAUCUCGUCGAUGCUUCGAUUCAGUUCGAGCUCGAUCAUGAACGUUACCUCGAUCUUCCUUCGCCUUCAGAUGAACCAGGAGUGGAAGAAGACGAAAAGUCGGUGGAUGCUGGUGCUUAUCGUGCUGUUGGUUUCUCAUAUGGACAUACUGAUGAUUCUGCUGACAGAAAAAGUUCUGAGGCGGGCCAGGAAAGCUCCGAGUUUCGUCCCUCCUUUCCAGUGCCGGAAGGCCUACUUCAAUGCUUGAUGCUCGGAGCAGGGAUGGAGUUCUUUUCAUCUAAGGUUGCCAUUCACAGGCACCUUGUUCCCUUUUGAUGCACGACCAAGGGGCAGUGCAGCCACCAACAGAAAAGGUACAUCAGAUAAUUGCAAGGACUGCGCUGUUUGUGAGCAAACACGGUGGGCAGUCAGAAAUUGUUCUGAGGGUAAAGCAGGGAGACAAUCCAACAUUUGGGUUCUUAAUGCCUGACCACGAUCUUCAUGCAUACUUUAGGUUUCUUGUUGAUCACCCUGAACUUUUACAACCUGGUAGUGAUGUGAAAGCUCAAAAUGAAGGAGGAAAGGAUUCCGAUGAGCAGAAGGAACAUGAUGGUCGUGGAGGUGCUUUAUCUUUGCUUGGUUCUGUAUAUGAGUCCGGAGAGGACGAGGAGCUUGCGAAUGGGGAUGAUCCUGGACCCAAAGUUACCAGUGCAACACUUGAUACCUUGAGUGCCACAAAUGUUUCCAGUCCUCUUGAAAGGGCUGAUAGUUCCAAGGAAUUUGAAAACGAUGAGAAAGAAAAAGACGAGAGAGUUUCUACAAAUUCACUUCGUUCUAGUAAAGAUAAAGAAAAGGCUACUGCACUGAAAAAGAAUAAUUUGAUUAAUGCUUCCAAGAGCGGAAUUAGAAGUAGUAUGCGGAAAGAAGAUGACGGUGGUUCUUCUGCUGCAUCUAGAAAGACAAAGGCAGAGGUGUCUGGUCUAGGAGCGGUGUCGAAGACUUUACCUUUGGUGGAGCCUCCAUCUGAUCUGAAGAAAUUGAUUAAUAAGAUUGUGGAGUUCAUUCUGAAGAAUGGUAAGCAGUUUGAGUCAACUCUUAUGGAACAGGACAGCAAACAUGGCAGAUUCCCAUUUCUCCUCCCAACCAACCAAUAUCAUCCUUACUAUCUAAAAAUACUCCAGAAAGCUCAAGAGUCAAAAGUCCAUGGAUCAGAAAAAAGAGCUUCUUUGAAGGAAAGUGAUUCUCCCUCCAGGUCUGCCGGGUAUGAUCUGCCAUAUGUAUCUGAUAAGAAAGAGAAGUUUAAAAUGGUGAUUGGUAAAUCCAAGAAGGAAAUGCAGGACUCCCUGACCAGAACUUCAGAGCAAGAGGUUGGAGUCAAUGUGGACGCUGCUGCUGCUGCCGCUAUCCUUCACGCAGCCACCAGAGGUAUCAAGAAUCCCAAUUUGAAUAUCAUCUCAGGCUCAUCUAAGAAUGGUGAUAGUCAGGGUCACAGCAGUGAGGGUGGCCAAGCCUCAUGUUUCCUCAAUGUCCCUCCAUUUGGUCAGAGGUCUGACCAGAGGAUGAAAAAUAGUGUUUUGCUUCCAAAAGCGAAGGAAAUCGCAAAAUCUGCUGCUGCGGAAGCUGCGAGUGAGGCAGACUCCUCUGAAGCACACUUGAGCAAAGAGCAGAAGCUGAAAGCAGAGAGGCUGAGAAGGGCAAAGAUGUUUGUGGCCCUGUUAAAAGGUGGAGCAGCUCCUGUCAAAAGAGAUUCUUCACAUGGAGGGUUAGUGGAACCACAGGAAUCUGCCUUGUCAGGUUCCGGCACAGAGGUUAAUGCUGCUGCUCUAGAAAGAGAAGGCAGUGCAGCACCUUCAGAAUUGACUGCUCUAGGGAGAGAAAGCAGUGCAGCUCCGUCAGAACUGACUGCUCUAGAGAGAGAAGGCAGUGCAGCUCCAUUAAUUAAUAAUGUGUCGAAUGAAAAUGAGAAAUCUGAAAUAAAACAUAAUGCUGAAGAGAAUGAGCGGCGAUCAAGAAGGAAAUACCGGUCAAGAUCUGAUAGACCUGAAGAGGAGGAUGAAGAAGAAGAGGGAGAGGGAGAGGGAGAGGGAGAGGAGGAGGGGCAGCGGUCCAGGAAGAAGCACCGCUCUUCAAGAGAAGAUGAAGAGGAAGAAAGUGGAGAGGUAAGGGAUGAUCGACGAUCCAAAAAAAAGAAGCAUUCACGACGUCGUAGACACAAAGAUAGUGGCAAUGCAUAUGAGGAUGAAGAUGAUGAAGAUAAACGAUCAAGAAAGAAGCACCGCAGGCGGCAUUCAUCGCCUGAAUAUGAUGAAGAUGAUAAACGAUCAAGAAAGAAGCCCCGCAGACGGCAUUCAUCCCCUGAAGAUGAUGAUGAUGAUGAAGAUGAUAAACGAUCAAGAAAGAAGCACCGCAGACGGCAUUCAUCCCCUGAAUAUGAUGAUGAUGAGCGAAGAGAUGCCGAGAGACAUCAUAAGCAUGGAAGGAAAAAGCAUUCAAGUCAUCAGUCUUCACGUGAAAAUAGGAAAGAUGAUUAUGAGGAGGAUUAUAAGCAUUCCAAGAAGAAACAUAGAUCUCAUAGAACCUCCCACCGUAGUAGAGAGAAACUCAAACACAGGCCAAAGCAUUCCAGUGAUGAUGAGUCUGAACAUGAGCAUAAGCGCCCGAACUCUUCAGAUGAUGAAAAGCAGCGCUAUGGCAGGGCCGAUAAGAAUGAAAAUGGGACCAGAGAAAGAGAAGAACUGGAAGAGGGUGAGAUCGGUACCAAAGUGUCAGAUCAAUCAAGAGGAAGUCUGGGAGGUUCCGUCAGCAGAGAAGCUUCAGUGGAUGUAUCUAGUUCCCAUCAAAGAGCAGCAUCUCAGCAGUCUGAAUCUACUGAGAUAUCAGAUGAUCUUCGGGCUAAAAUCCGUGCAAUGUUAAUGGCAACUAGGAAAUAGUUGAUGAACUGCCAAUAUUGGUACAUUACCUUGAGAACCCCUUGCAGUGUAAAGGGCAUUGUAAAAGUCAUUGUUGAAUCUUGAUAUACUAUUAAUCUUGAUUUUCAUGCUCCUCCUUGCUAUUUAAA